UCAACGUUGAAUAAAAACUGCAGCAAUGCCUUAGCACCAAAGGGCGAAGGCCCAAGACUCACUCAAUCUUUCUCUCCUCUACUGUAUAUAAUGGUCCAGCAUUUGAAUAUUUGAAUUUCCAGCCAUUUCUUCUUUAACUGUUACAUGGGUGUGAGUGCAGCCUCUGUACUCAACCGUCUUCUGUACAGUCGAACCCACAAGUUCCAAACCCAACCCGGCAGCGCCAGAGCCUUGACCAAAGCAAUCCGAUCUCACCUCGUAGCGGGUCGUCUCCGAGAAGCCGUUUCUGUUCUCUUUGCUGCUCCAGUACCCGUCUCUUAUCCCCUUUACGCGCGUCUCUUCCGAAUCUGUUCUACAAAUCUAGCCAUCGUCGAGGUCCGGAAGGUCGAGUCCCAUUUGGUCACGUUCUCUCCCACACCGCCGGUCUUUCUCUUGAACCGGGCAAUCGAGGCAUAUAGCAAAUGUGGAUGCUUGGUGGAUGCAAGGGAGCUGUUUGAGGAAAUGCCUCAUAGAGAUGGGGGAUCUUGGAAUGCUAUGAUUACAGCGUACGCACGAGGUGGGUGCCCUGAGAAGGCAUUGUCAUUGUUUUCAGAGAUGAAUAGAUCGGGAGUAUUUGCGAGUGAGGUCACGUUCGCCAGUGUUCUUGGGUCUUGCGGUGCGGUUUUGGCGCUCUCUCUUUUGAGACAAAUUCAUGGCCUUAUUAUGAAAUAUGGGUUUUCUGGGAAUGUAAUUUUGGAGAGUUCACUUGUUGAUGUAUAUGGGAAAUGUCAGUUUAUUAAUGACGCACGCAGAAUGUUUGAUGAGAUCAAGAAUCCAACUGCUGUUUCUUGGAAUGUGAUUGUGAGGCGGUAUCUGGAUAUGGGUGAUGGAAAAGAGGCAGUAUUUAUGUUUUUCCAUAUGUUUCGGUCAGCUGUUCGGCCUUUGAAUUUUACAUUCUCUAAUGCAAUUAUUGCUUGUUCAAGUAUAUCUGCACUAGAGGCGGGGAUGCAAAUUCAUGGAGUUGCAAUUAAAAUGGGUUUUGAAAAUAACGAGGUUGUUUCAAGCUCUCUUAUGGAUAUGUAUGUCAAAUGUGGAAAAUUAGAGAAUGCUCGUGGGGUAUUUGAACAGCCAGGUUCAAAAGAUUUGAUUUCUUGGACUUCAAUUGUGUCAGCGUAUGCAAUGAGUGGGAAAACUGGGGAGGCAAGGGUGCUUUUUGAUCGGAUGCCUGAACGCAAUGUGAUUUCCUGGAAUGCUAUGUUGGCAGGGUACACCCGUUCCCUCCAAUGGGAGGAGGCCUUGAAUUUUGUAUUUUUGAUGCGCAAUACAACUAAGCACAUUGACCAUGUCACGCUUGGGUUGAUACUAAACGUGUGUGCUGCCCUUUCAGAUGUUGAAGUGGGAAAACAGGCUCAUGGUUUCGUCUACCGAAAUGGUUUCCUUUCCAAUCUUGUUGUUGGCAAUGCCCUUCUUGACAUGUACGGUAAAUGUGGGAACUUGAGAAGUGCCAGGGUUUGGUUUUACCAAAUAUGUCAAUGGAGGGAUAGUGUUUCUUGGAAUGCUUUGUUGACUAGCUAUGCUCGUCAUGGCUUGAGUGAACAAGCUAUGGCAAUUUUCUCAGAGAUGCAGUGGGAGACAAAACCAAGUAAGUUUACAUUUGGAACUCUUUUGGCAGCUUGUGCAAAUACCUUUGCUCUUGAGCAUGGCAAACAAAUUCAUGGAUUUAUGAUUAGACAUGGUUAUGAGAUGGAUAUUGUGAUCAGAGGAGCGUUAGUAGACAUGUACUCAAAAUGUCGCUGUCUUCUGUAUGCUCUCACGGUUUUUAAAGAGACAGGUUCGCGGGAUGUGAUUCUUUGGAACUCCGUAAUUUUUGGAUGUUGUCACAAUCAAAGAGGUAGGGAGAUACUUGAAUUGUUCGGAUUAAUGGAGGAGGAAGGUAUAAAGCCAGACCAUGUCACCUUUCAAGGCAUUUUGCUUGCUUGUAUAUAUGAAGGCCUAGUUGAGUUGGGAACGCGGUAUUUUAAUUCAAUGAGCAAUGAGUAUUGUGUCAUGCCUCGGUUGGAGCACUAUGAGUGUAUGAUUGAACUCUAUUGUCGGUAUGGACACAUGGAUGAGCUUGAGAAUUUUGUUAAGAGUAUGGCAUUUGAACCAACUGUUCCAAUGUUGACAAGAAUCUUCCAUGCUUGUAGAAAAUAUGGGUACUUGAGGUUGGGAGAAUGGGCUGCUGAACGACUUAGUGAAUUGAAUCCUUCAAUUCCAUUAAAAUUCCAGAUUAUGGAUAAAGAGAGGUAGUAAUCACUCUAAGUGCAGAUUUAAAGGAGCUGCUCCCGCAUUUUGGGUUCUGAGUCCUAAAUUGCAAUUUGUAGAUAGAGCUCAGGCAGCUGAAUCAAGAAAAGUGAGCACCACCACGUCGUCCAGCACGGCCACUAAGAGAGAAGAUAGAAGAGAAAGAGUGAACCAAGCCCAACAUUAUAGCCAUCUGGCCUCUCUUGGGUAUAUCAGACGGCCGGAAAACCUCCGACACAAGUUCCCUCCGUUGAUCACUUCCCUUCUUGCACCUGCCAUCUCUCCCUCUUUGCUUAGAAGCUCUUCAAAGAAUGUCAAAUGGGUCGCUCUCUCUUUGCUGUAUAGAGAAGAGCAAAGGGAUGGUUUGGUGAAAGACUUUGA